UACAAUGUAUUUUGUUAACUAUCACAACUAAAAUAAUUCUACAAAUUGUAGACUGUUAUCUAUAGAGUUCUUGAAGCUGUUCAAAUUUUAAGUUAGUCGGCAGCAAAUUGCAAUUCGCACCAACUCUUUAAUUGUGAAAAGUAACAUUUGUGCUUAGUUGUGGAGCAAUGUCCGAUACUUUCCCACCUGAAUUCUAGCAAUGUUAGUUUGUGUUUGUGAGAAAAAUACAUGCAUAUCGAUGCCAUCACAACCGUGAAAAUUUUUCAGCGUUUAAAUUAGGUCCCCGAUUCUCCUUCCCAUGGUGUGGAUCUUUAAUUGAAGCAAAGAUAGUAAGUAGUAUUCAGUAUCUUUGAAGUAUGUAAGUCUAUCAGAGCAAGAUAUAUCUUUACAUUUUAAAAGUUAUUUAUUAGCAGGUCUUUGUACUUUUUCUGCUUUUGAUUGCCUCUUUAAGAUCGUACUCCAGAUAUUGGCAUGGUACAAAUGUGGUCGCACAAGUGCUUUGUACCAUUUCAAAAACGUCUAUCCAAAUAAUUUAAAAGUGCUCCUAAUAUUGCCUUACUUACCAGUCUCAAUAUGCACCUUAAAAACAUCAAAACUAACCCACAAUUCUUUUUCCUCAUUAUAAGCUUUUAUUAUCAGAAAGUCUUAAGGCACAUUUAAGAAAUAUCUCGAAUUUUAAGCGGCAUCUUUUAUAUUUACCGCUUCACCGUUUUUAUUUGUUGUGCAACAUCUAUUGCAUUAUGUUAAUUGUUCGUUCUGUUGAUUUGCGCUCUGAGCAUGAUCGACCUGAAUGUUGUGGGAGAGCGCCAUAUACAGAUAUGCAUUUAAUUAUGCGUUUAUUAUGCUCGCCUCAAAACAUAAUGAGAAGAUAAACGACAUGUAACAUGCCAAUCAACCAUGCAGUAAAUGGUUAUAAUCGGCCAAGUAAUUAAAAACUCGAUCUUUUCAAAAUUUCAGCUACAGGGAAAUCUAUGUUGCGAUUUUUGUGAUUCCGUACGUGGCGAAUCAAAUCCAAUAUUUACUUUUUUUUAAAAUACACAUCUGAACUUUAAAAAAUAAGAAGAGGACGUAGAGAAACUCUACUUCAAUUUGUGGUACUCACAAAGAGUCUGGUGCGUUGCAUCCCGUAAAUCGAAACGAAAAUCGUCUUUGAAAUUUACGAAUUAUGCGCAUAGAUCUAAGUAUCAAUCUUCAAAUAUUCAGGGUUAAAAUAAAAUGAUUCUGAAAUUCCACAAGUGAAUGGCCGGUGUUUUAUUGACAGACAUACUGGUUGAUUGAUACAGAUUUUGUAAGACGUCAGCAACUCCGCAAUAUUCAGUUGUUCAUAUCUAGAAAUAGUUUUCCUUAGACACCGAAGAUCUAAGAAAAAUACUUGUCGUGUCGGUUCGUGUUUGACGUUGCUGAUAAUACAGAUUUUGAAAACGAAGUCUGUGCACGUACAAAUAUGGCUCCUUUGUCGUACAGUCGGUAACUUCGCAAGAAACGGUUCCACAUCAAACCUUCACUUGCAAGACUAUCGAGUAAACUACUGUUGUCGCAAUUACGUGAAAUGAAAGCGUUUUAUCAGCGUACGUAUUUGUUAGCUUAUCGUCUGAUGUUGAGCUGUUAAGCUCGUUCAAGCAGAGGUAUGACAAUUAAAAUGUUAACAAUUAUAAGUAUUAAUGAUGAAAACUCUAAAACUAAACUAACGUCCACGGUGAAAGCAUAUGGAUCAGUCUGGUAAUUUAUUUGAUGAAUACAUUCUCACGAAAAGAUUAGUUUUUACACAUUUGCAUGAAAUCAAUGUAUACGUUAGGCAGCAGAAAACGAAGUUGACUGUGAAAUGUUUCAGCAUCGGCUGAGUAAGGUACAUGAGUGCCACAUCUUCAAAGAGCCCAAAGACAACGUACAACUGAAUCAGUAACACAAAAAAAAGACAUGCAGUCUGAUUUGAACAUUUUUGAGCGUGCCAAUGAUUUAGAUGAAGCUGACUUGGAGAAUAGUGUUGAUGGUUCUGUGGAAACCAUGGUUGGUGGGAAAAAAAUUUCAGUAAUGAGCAAAUUCCCAUCGAAGAAAAAUUUGCCUGUGUGCACUGUGACUUUUGACGACUAUAAUCCAAUUAACACUCCACAAGUGAACACAGCAAGGGCAGUUUCGAUUCCGCCCCUCCUUUUCGAGGGGGCCUUAUCCGAUUUGCACUAGAUGGAGGUGUGGAUCAAAAGGUCAGUUCUAUUUGUUUUCUUCAUUUUACACUGCUGUGUUACGUGGCUCUAAAUUAUAUAUGAUCAUCAUAUAGAUAAUUUAUAUUUAUACCUUGAAACAAGUUUUUGUUAUCUUGGUGUUGUAUUUAUAUUAACAUUCUUAGGAGAAGCAUCAGCAUAAAAUAGAAAUUAGUAAAAGAGCUUUUUAAGUACAAAUUCUGCAUGCUUACCUUGACAUAACCCUUGAAAUACCAAAAUGCAUAUUUUAUAUAUUAAAUGAUACUAACACUCACCUGAUUUUACCAAACAAAAUUAACGUUCCAGUGGUGCGCAGCAGUCGUAUAUAGUGAUGAUCAAAUGUCCUGGAUUCCGAUUUUAUCUUAGACUAUUCUUUCUCUGAAUUUGGCAUCUGUUUAUAGGGCCAGCUGGUUGGCCAUGAUAUAAUUAGUUGUUGGCUUAUCAAACACCCAUUUCUCUUCCCACCCCUCCAAAAACUAUUACAUCUUAUACAUACAUAAAUUCUUACAUGAAUUCAUAAAUGCACAGAUGAACCCAAAGUUUAUCUUUAAAACAUUAGUUGAUAUAAAAGGUAUUACCUGAUGCUUAUUAAAGUUUAGUCAUAUUGAACCAAAAUUGUUGGUUUUUUUAAAAUAUUUUGACAUUUUAAAGUUUAAUUGUUUCUCACAUCAGCUGUUUUGCAUCAUGCAUAGUAAACACACACCUAUAAAAGUUUUUCUUAUUUUAAUCAUCUUUGCCUUACGUGAAGACAAGAGAUUGACAGCGUGAAGUACAUGUAUAGCAGUUUGGUGAAAAUAAAAUCAUCAAAACACAGUUCUGCGAAUGAUUUUAAUAGUGGACAGGAAGCUGUAAGCGUUCAGAAGCAUACAGAGAAGAGAUACUUAUGUUACAAACCAUUAUGCCAUUGCAGGACCGGCAUUAUGUGUGUGUGCCAAAAAAUGCUAAUGCUGAUGAUGUAGCAAGGUACAUGGCUGUUGCUUGGCAAAGACGAACACCAAAAAUGAUACUUACAAUUCUCAGCUCCCCUGAAUACUAUCAAGCCUGGGAGAGAGAAAGUUUUGCUGAAGAUUUCCAGGCAGGCCUCAUACAGGCUGCUAAUUUGACAGAAAUGUGGAUUCUUACUGAGGGCGUUGAUGUAGGAAUGAGCAAGCUUAUAGGAGAUGCAGUUUUUGUUGAAAUGACAACACGACUAAACAUAGAACAAAAUUCUCUGCAUCUUAAAAAUAUCCAAACAGAACGUCUUCCUCCUCUUAACAUAUUUGGAGUGGUUGCAAGGAGCAAACUACUUUAUUCUGAAUUACUGCACGGCACAAAAGUAUUCUUCAAUGUGAACAGGGAGAAUACAAAUCAGCUGUUUGAAUUGAAUCCAGACCAUACUCACUUCAUUGUAGUAGAUGAUGACUGUGACACAGACUCUCUUAACAGCUUUCGCUUUGCUCUGGAGAUGCGUUUUACCAAACCUGUUGGGAGACCUCGGCGUUAUCGUUCAUUAUUUACACAUGAGAAAGAAGAAAAUAAAAAAUCUGAUGCAGAAUCCAUGCUGACUCCAGUUGUGGGAAUUCUAGUACAGGGUGGCCCACCGGAUAUUGAACAUACUCUCAACUUAAUAAAGAAAAAGAUCCCUGUCAUAAUAGUUCAUGGAAGUGGACUGGCAGCAGACCUAGUGUCUUUUGCCUACCUGGAGAUGGAAAAAAAGCAGGAUACAGAAUACUUAGAUGGAUAUAUAAAGCCAGAACUACUGCGAAGGUUGACCGAAGCUUUCCCACAGAAUUUUGCCAACAGUGAAAUUGCUCGCAAGGAGUGUCGCGACAAAAUCAUUGAGUGUGUCAGGAAUGCAAAGCAGGAGAACCUGACAUUUCUUAUUAUUAUCAACGCCAAGAAACCUGAAGAGCGCCUCAGUGAUCUUAGCAAAUACCUUCUCAUGGCUCUUUUUCAGUCUGAGUCCAUGCGUAAAGAUGCACUUUGGUGGGAACAAGUACAGUGGGAUUUACAGCUGGCCCUUGAUUGGAACCGACCAGACCUGGCAAAUUCACAUAUCUUCCAUAGAUACAAUCUGAACAGGUUCAGGGUUGAAGAUAAUAUGUUCCAUGCUGCAUUGCUCAGGCCUAAUCGAGAACGUUUUGUGGACUUGUUUCUUGCUCGAGGGAUGACAGUGCAUGAAUACCUCAACCACAAGAGACUUCUUAACCUUUUUGAAAACGCCCUGGACAAGGAUUUCUUCAUAGGUGUUUGUCAAGAAACAAUCCUGAGAAAAUCCUUGGAAGGAAAGGCAGUCUGUAAAAACUUUAUUGGUGGUGCAGACUGUGAAUUAAACAGACUGCUGUUCAAAUGCACAGGCCUUCAAAAGUUGGUAGACCCUUUUGAACUCUCCAUGAACUCUCUGAGACCUUAUAUCAGUGACCGGGCUGCUGCUGAAAGGCAGGCAGUCAAUGCACUGGUGUUUUGGGCAACACUAACUUACCGUGAGGAGAUGGCCAAGGUGCUUUGGAAGCGUACAGCAGACCCCAUAGCUGUGGCAUUACUUGUCAGUAUGAUCUUGAGUCGCAUAAGUUACAAAUAUUGUGACGAUGUUGACAUGAAGGGCAAAGUCAAAGCCACAGCUGUAACAUUUGGCAAGAUGGCAGUUGAGAUGCUAAACCUCAGCUAUGAAGAAUCUAGUACCUUCACAUUCUUACUUUUAAACAAACGCCUGGAAGACUUCAACAAUCGUACCCUAAUGGAACUGGCCAGACUGAGUAAAAAUAGGCGUUUUAUUGCGCAUCCUUGCUGCCAGAAGUGGCUGGGUCAGCGAUGGACUGGAAAUAUAUCAGUCCGAGAAGUAGACUGGGGUCUGUUUGCACUGCCAGACUUCAUCAAGAUCUACCUGAGUAUGUUUUUCAUCUUGCCUAUGUUUAUGUGGAUCUCAUUUUUGCCAACUGAAAUUGACAGAAUUGGAGGUCCAGGAGCUGAAGAUAAAGAAUUGGCAGAUGAAAGAGCACAGGAGAAACUGCUUCUUCGCAUGUCUUCUGUGGAAGAUGAAAUUCUCAAGAUGAUGCCGAAGAUUGAAAACAGAGUUGCUCACUUUGGAAAGUAUAUCAAAACAAUGUUGCCUGUGUAUGGUGGAGAAAUCAGACUACCAUUCUGGAAAAAGAUUUAUUACUUGUGGUCAGCGCCUAUCUCCAAAUUCUGGCUGUAUUUGAUGUUCUAUGUGGCUUACCUUAUUGUUUACACCCUUGCUUUAUGGACACCUGACUGUGGUGACAUCUUUAUCAACACUGUUGUCUUCCUUUGGACUCUUUCUAUGUGGAUGGAACUUAUUUGUUCAGUUUAUAUCAAGCAAAAGAAAAACCCAGAGCUGAAGAUAACAUCUGAGCUCACAGAGAUUGGCAUUGUUCUAUUGCUUCUUAUUGUCUUCUGUGCACUGCGAAUUCUUCCCCACUUUAUUAAUAUCAUCAGCUUUAUGAAAGCAAAAUUCUUCGUAAGCAUUGGGCUCCUUUUUUUCAUUUAUCGUGGAAUGUUCCUCUUCAUUCCUGCGAGCUCAGAACUGGGUCCAAUGCUUAUUAAUAUCAUUGCAAUAAUGGGGAAAGAUUUUAAAACCUGGCUUAAGAUCUACUUAAUAGUAGCAAUAGCAGGAGGCAUCACAGUACAUGCAGUUAUCUACCCCAGUGCAGCUGUCAGUGAGGAAACAUUUCGCAGAGCUUUCAAGCGUGCUCUUUUUGGGAUUUUUCUGGCAGAUAUCAGUGACUUGGAUGGUGCUGAAUGUUCCACCAUGUAUGAUAAAGAACAAAUUAAAUAUUGCAAAAAUAAUCAACUGAAUGCAUCAGAAAGGUUAUUGCUGGAGACUUGUCCUCACAGAAGCUGGAACAACUAUAUUAUUGUUGGGCAGUACCUUUUCCUGGUCCGACUCGUCCUCUGGGCCACCAUAUAUGCCAUGUAUACGGCAACAGUUGGCAGGCUCAGAACUGAAUCUAUUGAGUUGUGGAAGUAUCAGCGCCAAAAGGUGAUUCUGGACUUUGAGGAGAGACCCAUUUUGCCCCCUCCUCUGACAUUCUUCACACACUCUGCAUACCUUGUGAAGGGGGCUGUUCAAGUUUUAUGGAAGUGUUUUCGUCGAUGUGGUGCUAUCUGUGGCCUCUGUCUUUCCUCAUCAAGCAUCUCACAGGAAAAAGUAAAAAUGAAAUUCAGAAGUGUAAAGGAUGACAUCCACUGGAAAACCCUGAUCAACCGUUUUGUGGAAAAGAAAGAGAAGGAAAAGAUGGAAGAAACAAGAGCACAGAGUCAAAGUGAUAACCUAAAUCGCAUUUGGGAAGAAGUGAAGCAGCAACAAGUUCUUGGUCGUCAGUUGAAUGAUCGCAUCAUGCAGCUAGAGAAUCAAUUUACCAACACUUGUCUGCUCUUGGAAGAGAUGAAGCACAUGAUUAUAAAUUUAAACCCCAAAACUGAAGUUCUUCCGCAAGAACCUAAAAAAAUGCUUCAUACUGAAUCUCGGCAGUCUCCAUACUCUGGCACUUUCAUCCGUCGGUAUCCUGUCUUUGACAAAUAUGUUCCAUGGGAGGUACCGUAUGAGUCAUAUGACCCAGUUGUGUAUACAGCACCAGUCAGCGAAUUCCCAGAAGACAUACAGAUGUUUGUUGAUCCAGAUAUCUUUGAGAUAAAGCGACUUGCAGAGGAACGCCAAUUGUCAGGAGAAGAAACAAGUGAUUUGCCACCACUGCCUGAAUUUUCACCAGUCUAUAAUACUACGUGCAUCAUCUCCAUUAAUGGCGUCAAUGCAGAAUUAGACAGAACGUCCUGGAUCACAGUUGAUGGGCAGCCACUAUAUUAUAAAGUUGAUGCCUCCAACAUUCCGCAGAAUCCAUUAGGAAGGACUGGCUUGUGGGGUCGUGGCAAAUUUUGGCGCUGGGGUCCCAACCACAAAAUUGUAGCAGUCAUCAGCCGCUGGCGAAGAAAAUAUUCUGCCAAGGGUCAGCCUUUGGGUCACAUGGUGGUUGAUGGAAAGCGAGUGCUUGAGUUCAUUGCUGUCAAGCAUCCAACCACUGGAGAGCUAACUCUUCCAGGAGGUGAUGUUUAUGGUAGAACAACAGCUUACAGUGUCUUAUGUGAGGAAUUCCUUAAAAGUGUGUUUUUGGAGCAAGAUGUGGAAGGCAGCCUUAAGCUGGAUAAGGAGGACAUGAUUAGGUUCUUUGCUCAAUUUGCUCGCUCAUCCAAUCCAUCCACAUCUUCUGACAAAGAUACAAGCCAGUCAAGUGGAUUCACUUCAUCCAUCUUGUACAGAGGUUACAUUGAUAGUGUACUUAACACUGAUAAUGCUUGGCGAGAAGCUGAAGUAUGGAACUUCCAUUAUAACGAGCAGGACAUAUUUGAUGAAAAAAUUAAAGAGAGAGCAGAAGUUUGGCGAGAAGUGACACCUUACAUGCAUCUUCAUGGCAACCUGGAUACAAUUGUUAUGACAGCAGCCCGUAUUCAUAAUGCCUAUUAUGUUGAAUAGGUGGACAUAUUGUAUAAUUAUACCCGAAUUUUGUGUUAUCCAGAUCGACAUGAUAGUGAAGGACUUUAUGCCAUGUCAUUUUCUAGGUAACAUUUCAAUUCCAGAAUGUGGAUUUCAAUAAUCUAAGUAAGUCAUAAUGUUUGUACAAAACAUGGGUAUAACUUUCAUUCUUGAAUGAUUUUUGUUUAGCUUAUUCUCGUCAACUUCAUGAUGUGCUGUGCUCCAGUGGGAAAACUAUUGUAUCUUUAACAUGAUCCUGUUGGUCUUUUAUUGUGGUGAAUGUUUGUUUGCAGAAUAAACUAAGAAAGGUGCAGAAUAUUUCUCUCAUCUCCUUCAGCUUGUGUGUUUGAUUGAUUUUCAUAAUUUUUAUCCUUUAAUCGUAAUAUGAAAUACUUUGGGACAGUUUGUCCCUUUUGGUCCUUAUCAUGCAAAUGCAUUGGCAUGCAUUAUACUUCUGCAUAAUGACCAGAAUGGAUGAAAGAAAAGAUUCCAUACAUUUUCGCUUCACUGCCUAUAAUUACUAUAUCACAAAAAAUGUCUAAGAACAUCUUUUUUAUUGGUUGGAUGUAAUUACCAUGAAGUUCUUUUUUUCAGUAAUGAAACAGUUACGAAAACUACUAUAAUACAUGCCAAAGAUGAUGCAAAACAUAGGCAGUCUGUUGCAUUUUGAUAAAAACUGGCACACAAAUAUGCAACAUUCGCAUCUGAUUUUGAAGAGUGAGAAGUUAUUGUAGUCCACAUUUUACAUUUGUCUUACAAAUAAGUAUUUCAGAAAUAAGUUUUUUUGUUCCAAUAGAAAAUACUCCUUGGGUCAUUCACCAAAAAUGUUUUCAUAAAUGUCCAGACACCAUAAAGUAUAUAGGGUCAAUCAUUGUCUUUGCCUGCUUUACGCAUCCUUAACUGGUACUUCUCAACAGUUUUCUCUUUUCUGGACAGAAUUGCCACCUUUACAUGGCCAGAGAGCAUGCAUGCCUCUAAUUCAAAAAGUUAAGGAGGCUAAAGAUUUGGCCACUGAGAGUACCACCCAAAAAAUCAAAUGGUAAAGCAGAUGCUAAACUAGACUUUAAUAGGCUGAUGAUCUGCAAUAGGGAACCUUGUUAAACAUCCAUUGGCUGAAAUGAAGAUGCAGGACGUAUGUGGUUUCAAGAUUGAGCUCUUGUGCACUUUUUUCCCUUCUUUUUCUCACUCUGACACAGCAUUACUGGGGAUACAGUGAAAAGGUGUUGAACAGGGGCAGUAUCUUUUGUGUCCUCUUUUUCCAAAAGAAGAAAUGGAUGUUUUUAUAAUAAGCACCAUAAAGAUUACACUCACCUUCAUUUAAUAACCAUCACACUUAGCCCCAAAAUAAA